AUGUCUCUCCGAUUCAUCUGCUUCGGCCUCGUGGCCUGCUGGGUCGCCGGCUUGACGUCGGCCAUGCCCGCUACCGACCCGCCCCUCCAGCCCUUUGGAAAAUAUGGCUGUGGACAACACGGCCCUAAGAACCGUGCCUGCUGGCGCGAUAAUUUUGAUAUAUUUACGGAUACAUCAACCAAGAUUCCCGAUACUGGGAAGACCAGGACGUACGACUUGACCAUCACCAAUGUAUCAAGCUUCUCCUCGGCCGACGGUGUCAGCAAGCCUGCCAUGCUGAUCAACGGCCAGUUUCCUGGUCCGACGAUUGUUGCCGAUUGGGGUGACUGGGUCAAGGUCAACGUCCACAACCAGCUGCAGCAUAACGGCACUUCCAUUCACUGGCACGGCAUCUGGCAGAAGAACACAAACGACCAGGAUGGCGCCAAUGGGGCCACCGAAUGUCCCAUCCCACCGGGUGCGAGCAAGACGUACCUAUUCCGCAUGCACCAGUAUGGUACGGCCUGGUAUCAUUCCCACUUUUCGGCGCAGUAUGGCAAUGGCGUCGUGGGCACCAUCCAGGUCAACGGACCGGCGUCUGCCAACUACGACGUUGACCUCGGCCCAUUCUCAAUCACGGACUGGUAUUACGAGACGGCGGACAGGCUCGAGCGGCGCGCAGAGCUGGUCUCCAACGGCCCGCCGCCCGACAGCGACAACAUACUGUUCAACGGCACCCAUGUCAAUGCCCAAGGUGGUGGUAAGUACUCGAGGACGACGCUUCAGCCUGGUAAGAAGCACCGCCUACGUCUCAUCAACACGUCGUUGGACAAUGCCUUUACCGUCUCCAUGGUAGGACACACGUUUACCGUCAUUGCAACCGACUUGGUUCCGGUGGUCCCGGUGAAGAAGGACACGCUCUUCAUGACGGUCGGCCAGCGAUACGAUGUCAUUAUCGAAGCGAACCAAAAGGUGGAAAACUACUGGUUCAACGCGACGCUGGCAAGCAGCAGGUUCUGCGGCACGACGCGCAUCAAGCAGCCCGCGGCCAUCUUCAGCUAUGCUGGCGCGUCCAAGACAAAGAAGCCAACCAACCCAGGCACGCCUGUGAAUGCAGUCUGCAGCGACACGGUGGGCUUCAGCCCGGUUGUCAAAAAGGGAGCACCCAAGAAAGAGUUCCUGAAGAGCCAGGGCUACCUUGAUGUCAACCUCGAGACACCCGUCAUUGACGACGUUGCCGUGUUCCGGUGGGAGGUCAACGGCUCCAGCAUCAACGUUGAGUGGGACAGGCCCAUCCUCGAGUACAUCCGCGAGGGCGACUUUGACUGGCCGCGGGAAGCCAACGUCAUCGACAUUGCGCAGAAGAACGUCUGGACGUUCUGGGUCCUUGAGAACCUUGGACCGGUCCCACACCCGAUGCACCUUCACGGGCACGACUUUCUCGUUCUCGGCGCGGGCGACAGCCAGUUUGAUCGCGUGGCGGGGGUCAACUCGCUCAAUUUUGACAAUCCCAUACGGCGGGGAUCGCACCUGCUGCACUGUCACAUCGCUUGGCACGUGUCUCGCGGGCUCACCGUCAUGUUCCUCGAGAGAAAGGGGCGACAUUCCCAAGACGGUCAACCUCGGACAACCUGGAGCCGAAUUGCGAGGAAGUGGCGCGGCCUAUGA